AUGGUAAACGAUGACAGACUCCUAAAAAAGUACUUUUAUAAAAAUGAAAGUUUGUGUAUGUAUGUAUGUGUAUCUUCGGCGAUAUUGAAAAAUAUAUUAAACUUUAAACUUGAUAAAAUAUGUGGUGGUGCUACUGAUAGUCAUAUGAAAAACUCCAUGGUGCAUCAGAAAUCAUUUGCAUUACAUCCGGAAGAAGGACAUAUUUUGAGAAUUGUAAUUAAAUCUGAUGGUACAACAGCCGAUGUUAGUGGAAAUGUGAAACAUAGUAUGGCCAAACACAAUGUUUGUUGUGUGAAAAUCACGUUUUCUGACCUAAGUGCACCUGUGACUGAGAAACAAGGAAAAAUCUUCUGCAAUAAGACGGCAACAAUUAUUAUUUUAUUCGGAUUGAGUGAACAAAGUACUGUACUAACAAAUCUUAAACAAAAGUUUAUCAAUAUUUAUAUGAAAUCAUUUAACAGAAAUGAGAUAGAUGAAUGUGUCAACUAUCUAGAAAUUAAACAAGCGCAAAAUAUGGUACUUAUUACAUCCCACGUGUUGGUUGAAAAAAUACUGAUGAGAGUUUGUAAACUGUCACAUGUGAUUUCAGUAUAUCUAUUAAACCCCAACAUGUCUAGUAAUAAUGUAAUACAAAACAAUAGUUUUGUAAAAGUUUACAACAUCGACGACGAGAAUGAACUUGUUAACGUUUUAAACAAUGAUCUUAAAUUAGAGAGUUUUAAGUCAACAUUUACAUCGUCCAAGGUACUUACACUGAGUAUUCCUCAAGAUACGAUCAAUAAUGUAUUUGAAGCACUCGGUGAAAUCAGUGGUAUUUAUACUUAUACAUUAAUCACUUUCACAUGGAAGCUAAUCAAUCCUCAGAUAGUACUAAAAAAUUAUUUAACUAAACUCGUCAAAGAUGAGACCAGUGUCAAGUGUCAAUUCAAUACCGAUGUUCGUAUUGAAUCUUUACAGAUAAUUUAUCAAACAAAAGUUGAGGGAAUAGUAUUAGUAUCAUUCGAUGAUAAAUUAAAUAAGAUUAACAUUGAAGUAAUUGAAGCUAAAGUAAAAAUACCCAUUUUUGAUCUUGAUAUUGCCAAAUUGUUACCGUCAAUCAGUUUACCUGGACCACUGAAUAUGAUACCCGAAAAACUCGAUAUUCCAAUGCCAGAUAAUACAAUUAAACAAUUGUAUGGAUAUCCAAGUCAGUUUAAGUUAACCAUUGAGGAUUCAAAUUUAAUUGUUUCAUGCAAAGUGGAAGUCAGCGAUAAACCAUUACUUAGUGAUCAAAAGAAGUAA